AUGUUGAUCCCCUGGAGAUGCUGGAUCCCCGGGGCUCCCGGAGCCUCCAAACCCACCCGUGGUGCUGCCGGGCCCCCGGGACAUCCAGAGCCGUUGGACUCCCAGGACUCCCGGGCACCCGGGAGCUACUGGACCCGCAGGCUGAACUGGAAGCCAGGGCUCGGCCGUGACUGGGAACAGUCGUCGGAGCCUCCGCCACUUUCCGCGGCGGAGACUCCCGCGCCGGUCGGGGCCGUCGGGGCGGCGGGUUCCCCGCGGAGGGGAGGCGGCGGUCAGCGGCCCCCGGAGCCUGGCCCGGCGUCAGGGGAACCAAUGCGGAAUUUACUGGCUGGCGGCGGGGCCCCUCCCGCCGCUGCCGAGAGGGGCGCGGGGGAGGCGGCGCGGAGCUCGCACUGCGGCUUCCGCCCGCCGAGCAGCGGCCGGGGCAGGGCGGGCACCGGGCACGGCGGAGCCGCGGCGGGCAGGAGGGGGGGCGCAGAGCGCCCGGCCCCGUAUGGGAUGGGCCGGGUCAGGCCGGGCCCCGCCGCUCCGAUGGCCAUGGCGGCCCCUGGGCUGCUCCCGCCCCGCCGCGCCCGGGCCGGAGCUUCGCUGCUGCCUCUGCUGCCGCCGCUGCUGCUGCUGCUGCUGCUGGUGCCGAGCCGCGGAGCCGCGCAGGAGCUGAGCCCCCGCGGCAGGAACGUCUGCAGGGCCGGCGGCUCCUCGGUGCUGGUGUGCUGCCCAGGAUGGAGGCAACAAGGAAGUGAAUGUCUGAUAGCUGUGUGCGAGGGCAACUUUACCUGCAAGGAGAACGAGGUGUGCGUCCGUCCCGGCGAGUGCCGCUGCCGCCAUGGAUACUUCGGUGCCAACUGCGACACCAAGUGUCCCCGGCAGUUCUGGGGUCCCGACUGCAAGGAGAUGUGCAGCUGCCACCCCAACGGGCAGUGCGACGACGUGACGGGCCAGUGCACCUGCAACCCCAACCGCUGGGGCCCCAAGUGCGAGAGCCUCUGCCUCUGCAAGCACGGCAAGUGCGACCAGCGGACGGGGAAGUGCGCCUGCGAGCCCAACUGGUGGGGUCCCCAGUGCUCCACCUCCUGCUACUGCAGCCACAACUCGCAGUGCGACCAGCAGACGGGCAACUGCCUGUGCCAGCCCGGCUGGUGGGGCCGCGGCUGCAACAACCAAUGCUCCUGCAACAACUCGCCCUGCGAGCAGUUCACGGGGCGCUGCCAGUGCCGGGAGCGCACCUUCGGGCCCCGCUGCGACCGCUACUGCCAGUGCUACAAGGGCAAGUGCAACCCGCUGGACGGCACCUGCGCCUGCGAGCCGGGCUACCGGGGCAAGUACUGCCGGGAGCCCUGCCCCGCCGGCUUCUACGGCCAAGGCUGCAGGAGGCGGUGCGGGCAGUGCAAGAGCCUGCAGCCGUGCACCGUGGCGGAUGGGCGCUGCCUGACCUGCGAGCCGGGCUGGAACGGCACCAAGUGCGACCAGCCCUGCUCGCCCGGCUUCUAUGGAGAGGGCUGCGAGAAGCUCUGCCCCCCCUGCAAGGACGGCCACACCUGCAACCACAUCAACGGGAAGUGCUCCCACUGCAACCCGGGCUGGAUCGGAGACCGGUGUGAAACCAAGUGCCGGAAUGGGACGUACGGGGAGAACUGCGCCUUCGUCUGCAGCGACUGUGCCAACGGGCAGUGCCACUUCGAGACCGGGCGCUGCCUCUGCCACCCCGGCUCCCACGGCACCUACUGUAACCUGACCUGCGCCCCCGGCCGCUACGGAGCCAACUGCGCCGAAGCCUGCAGCUGCCACGACGGUGCCUGCGACCCCCUGACGGGCGCCUGCCACAUGGAAGCCAACCAGCGGAUGGGGGUGAUCGGGGCGGGAGCCCUGCUGGCGCUGCUGCUCACCCUGCUGCUGUCGCUGCUCUGCUGCUGCUGCGUCUGCCGCAAGAAGGACGAAGCCCGCGGCUCCAGCCUGGACCCAGCGGCGGCCAAGAAGCCUCCCAGACGCCUGUGCGGGAGGUUCAGCCGCAUCGGCAUGAAGCUGCCACGCAUCCCCCUGCGCCGCCAGAAGCUGCCCAAGGUCGUGGUGGCCCACCAUGACCUGGAGAACACCUUGAACUGCAGCUUCAUCGAGCCACCCUCUGUGGUGGAGCAGCCUUCCCCAUCCUGGUCAUCCCGAGGCUCCUUCUCCUCCUUCGACACCACGGACGAGGGGCCGGUGUACUGCGUGCCCCACGAAGAGAGCGUGGGCGACAGCAGGGACAGGGGGACACCUGCCGGCCCUGGGGACAAGCUGGUGGCCCCAGCUGGAGGGGAGGAAGGAGGCGAAUACACAUUCCUGAAGGAGACGGGCUCGGUCAGAGCCUUCCCGGCCGACAGCAGCGAGAUGCCCCUGCUCAAGUCCUCCGACAGCGAACGAUCCUCCUGCGGCUCGGGCUCCGCCGCCGCCGCCGCCCUCUACGCCCGCGUCGCUCGCCACUCCAAGCACUCCAGGGAGGAGGAGGAGGGCACCGCCGACCCCCGCAGCCCCGGGAAGCCGCCAUCCCCAGAAAGGACCAAGCCUCGUCCCCCGGACCCGGCCACAAAGCCCAAAGUCUCCUGGAUCCACGGCAGGUACAACUCCAGCCAGUCCAACUCGCUGCCGGCGCCCGGCCGGUCCCCGGAGCGAGCGGCUGCCCGGUCCGGCAGCCCCGAGCAAGGGCAGGGCUUGGCCAAGAGGAAGAGGAGCCCGAGCGAGACAUCGGCCGGCGUUCAGGGCAGGGGGGAGGAGAGGGGCGGUGCGCGGGGCAAAGAGAAAGCACAGAAGCAGCCCAAGGAGCCCGGCGGCCCGGAGAGCAAAGCCAGCCUCAGCGCGGAGCCCCAGUCGCCCUCCAAGCCCAAGCAGAGGAGUAAAGCCGGCUUGGAGCCGACGGAGGGCAUCAACGGGGCGGUGCAGAGCGCCUUCCGCAAGAUGGGAGCCUUCCAGCCGCCGGAGCGGCGCGCCGGGGACAGCCGGGAUGCUCCCCGCAGCCCCGGCGCCGGCAAAGCCCGCUCUGAGCCCCUCCCUCCGCAGCUGGCCUCCGAGCUGGCCGCCCAGCUGAAGGAAAAGACUCAGAGCCUCAACAAGGGGGACGGGGGCAGCCGGGCGAACGGGGUGGGUGCCCAGCGGGAGAAGCCCACCCCUCCGCAGAAAGCCAAGCGUUCGCCAGCCGCCGCUGGCCAGAAGACCGGCAAGCCCUUGCUGCCCACCUCCCCCCACCUGCAAAAACUGAUCCCCGGGGCAGUCGAGCCGGCGGCCGGCGAGCCCAAGCGGGCGGAGAAGCCCAGCGGCAGCACCAGCCAGGAGCAGGCAGUGCCCAGCGAGCAAGCCGUGAAGAAAACCCCUAUUAAAAAGCCUCCCAGGAAGAAGAGCCGAGAAGCCGGCCUGGAGCCGCCCAGGGCAGCCGCCGUGCCCGCCCAGGCGGUGCAGUGACCGGGAGCUGGGUGCCAGCCCCACACCGGCCAGCUGGGCACUGGGAGGAAGGACGUUUGCUGGCACUGCCAGCGGACAUGAAAGCCUGGACUGGGCAGGGGGCACUGGAAGAGCCCUACGCUUCCAUUUCCCCAGCCUCCAUCUCUCUCAAUCCCCUUUUCCCCACCCCAGGACCUGGUCCUCCCCAUCCGUGCCCUGCUGCCUGCUCCCUGCCCAGGUCUGGCAGCUCACGCUCCCCGCGCAGGGGCAGGGCCGUCCGGGGGGGGGGGAGGGGGCAUGUCUGGCACCACCCCCCAUUCCCCACCCUCCCUACCCUUUUUUAGCAGUAUUAUCACCCGCAUAAGCAGCGCUUCUUGUACUCGACCCCCUCCCCCCCGGUAUAUCCUGCAGUAACGGGGCCGCUAGCUUCCCGCGCCCGCCCCGGCCUCUUGGGCUCACGGAGCACGGGAGAGGGAGGAGGCUGCUGCUCAGUGCCCAGGGCAUCGCCGGGGACGUGCCCUGCACCCGUCACCACCAGCAAGCCCCCCACAGCCAGCCACCCUGGGCGCCGGGCACGGCUCUCCGUUGCCAGUCUCAUGCCCGGCGUGGGGGUCGAGCUGGUUUCGACCGAUGCCUCCCUCCCCUCUGCCCCUCCCGCCCCGGGUUUGCUCCGGGAGGAAAGCACGGAGCUGGGCACCCUUCAGGUUCCCGCGUCCCAUCCAGUGGAGCUGGAGGGAUUCCUUGGUACGACAGAGCCUGGCACCUCUGCAGAGCGCUUCCCCAA